AUGUUGAGAUCAAAGCAAGAACAAAGAAAGAGUCAAUACAAAAAGAUUAUAGAUGCUGAUGAUGCUCGUCGUAAGAGAGAGGAGGUAGCACUCUCCAUCAGAAAGAACAAGAGAGAAGACAGUUUAGCAAAGAAGAGAAAUAUUAAAUCAGAUCCAUCUCUAAAUCAAAGAUUGGAAAACCUUCCAGCAAUGGUCAGUGGAUUACAAUCACAAAACUAUGAUCAAAUUCUUCAAUCUACAAUUGCAUUCAGAAAGCUUCUUUCCAUUGAGAGAUCUCCACCAAUUCAAGAAGUCAUUGAAACUGGUGUAGUACCAUUGUUUGUCCAAUUUUUAUCACAAAACGAAUUCCCACAAUUACAAUUUGAAGCAGCUUGGGCAUUGACAAAUAUUGCAUCUGGUUCAGCUACACAGACUAAAGUUGUUAUUGAAAAUGGAGCAGUCAACGUUUUUGUUAUCUUGUUGAAUUCGCCAAAUGACGACGUCAGAGAGCAAGCUGUUUGGGCAUUGGGUAACAUUGCUGGUGAUUCAGUGGAAUGCAGAGAUAUGGUAUUGAAUGCAGGUGCUCUUCCACCAUUGUUGAAUCAAUUGGUCGGUCAACCAAAACUCAGUAUGAUUCGUAAUGCCACCUGGACAUUGUCGAACUUCUGUCGUGGUAAGCCAGCCCCACAAUUUGACACUGUCAGAUUCGCCUUGCCAGCACUCUCGCAUUUGAUCUUCAACAACGACGAGGAAGUUCUCAUCGAUGCCUGUUGGGCACUCAGCUACCUCUCGGACGGUCCAAACGAGAAGAUCCAAGCCGUCUUGGAUGCCGGUGUCUGUCGUCGUAUGGUCGAGCUCUUGGAGCACCCAUCGUGUGCCGUCCAAACACCAGCCUUGAGAACCGUCGGUAACAUCGUUACCGGUGACGACAUGCAGACCCAAGUCGUCCUCAACGUAUACGCCCUGCCAUGUCUACAGAGAUUGUUGAUGAGCACCAAGAAGGCCAUCAAGAAGGAGGCAUGCUGGACCAUCUCCAACAUCACCGCCGGUAACAAGUCACAGAUUCAAGAGGUCAUCGACAACAACAUCAUCCCAUCGUUGAUCAACUUGCUCAGCAACGCCGAGUUUGAAAUCAAGAAGGAAGCUGCCUGGGCCAUCAGUAACGCCACCAGCGGUGGAACUGCCCAACAGAUUGAAUAUUUAGUCAGACAAGGAUGCAUUAAGCCACUCUGUGAUCUUUUGAGCUGCAAUGAAGUCCGUAUUAUCAACGUCGCAUUGGAGGGUAUCGAGAAUAUUUUGGCCAACGGUAAGCGUGAGAACGGUUCCAACCUUUACUACCCAUACGUCGAAGAGGCCGACGGUGUCCACAAGAUCAUCGAACUCCAGAGUCACAAGAUCAAAGAGACCUUUGACAAAGCCACACGUAUCUGCCACAACUACUUUGACGAGGACACACAAGAGGUCACCGGUUUGGUUCCAGAGACUACCAACUCUGGUAACUCAUUCUCAUUCCAAGGUGUACAAUCAAACUUUGGUCUCUAA